AUGCACUUCAAUACUGUGGCCGGGCUCGCCUUGAGCCUUGCAGGUUCUGCCUCGGCUUUUUCUACCCCCAAGCUGCCCGCUUCUGGUCUCUGCCCCAACAACCAGUAUUGGGAUACUGCCAAGGGUUGCAAGAAUCUGCCGCCUCCCGCCAAGUGCUCCCCUAACCAGUACUAUGAUACUCUCAAGGGCUGUGUGAGGGGAAAGCCUCCUAGUGGACCUCCCGGUCUGCUAUGUACCGUGGUCAAGACCUUGGUUACUGUGGCUCGUCAACAGCUGCCUGCCUCGUCCUUUUGCUCUUCUUAUCUGAGCAUCCCUGUCGUUACAAAGACGGCAACGGUGACUGCCUACACCAAGGUUAUCACCAACACCAACACCGUCACGUCGGGCGUGACUACAGUCGUCGAUUCGACACAGACCAUCACCGACGCCACAAUAACUAUAACCACCAUUGAGCCUAGUACUCUCUCGACAAAGACUACGAGCACCUCGGUCAUCUCUGCUGUCUCAACCACCACCAUUACUGCUUGUGCAAACCCCGUCACCCGAAAGGCGAGGCGCGCAGCCAACCCGACCGGCUACAAGAACGAUCCCACGUGGUUGGAGGACCACGGCAUCGAUCCCUUGGGUGAAGAGAAGCGCGGUCUCAUCCCUAAGCCCAAGUGCUUUGCCAACUACGCUGACCCUGCGGCCGUCUCGUACGCUUGCAACUGCUUGAGCGUUCCAACUCGGACCACCACUUCAACCACUACCCUCCGCACCAAGACGGCCACUGCUGUCACCACGGUUCCUUCGACUGAAAAGGCCACUGCUACUGAGAAGGCUACUGCCACUGACACCAAGACCAGCACCCAGCUCGUGGCCACCGUCUACACCGAGACAAUCGUUGAGAGGUCAACCACCUACACCUCUACUCACACCGCGCUCUCCCCUACCUUUACAAUUGUCGCCGCUAGUGGCAAGUACACGGGUAACAAGCUUUACGACCCCAACUACAUGAGCUAUACUGGCAUCGACUCUGCCGGGCCCGUGCUUCUCUUCAAACUGGGCGACGAUGGUACUCUAACGGCCCAGAACCAAGGACUGGCGGGCCAGUUCGCCGUGUCCGACCCCAACGCGGGAAGCUACAACGCCGUCCCGGCCUUCAAGCCCCUCUCUGGCGACUUGCAAAAGCUGGUCGUCACUGUCAGGCAGGAGGCCGACGGUACCUGUCCUUUGUCAUUCCAGGGAGCGCGUGGCAGCACCAGCUUCGAGUGUGGCGUUUACUGGCGAGUGGGUAGCGAGGCUGAUCUUGCUAGCUACAGCGGCUGCGCUAGGAUGGACAUGAUUGCCGUGGGCAGCGAGGAUCAGUAA